AUGGCCGCGAUCGAAAGUAGGAUGAUUGAGAUGGCUUCGAGGGCAGGAGCUCUAUUGGCUUUUGAGCCUGAGUGCUUGAUUGUUCCCCAACUCGUCCCAGGUGUUCCUGCGCCGAACGCUGUUGCGUUGAAGCCAGUCGCCACCGGCGAAACUGAUGUAGGUGAUGUCGCUGUUUCAGUUACCACAGCUGGCGAAGCAGAGGAACUCGGGGUUGGUACUGAAGACUGGGUUGGCCCAGAGGCAGAGGCAGAGGCAGAGGAGAGGAUGAGUGGGCAGAAAGAAUCGCUCCAGGUCUUGACCUCUGCAAAGCAUGACAUUAGCAUGUUCAAGAGCCUUCGCUCGAGCACUUACGUUGCAGGUCUCCAAGCGUACAUGUCGAACUUGCGAGACAUCCUGUCACAGAUUGCUUGA